GUGCCCCAGGUUAUAACAAAAUGCAAAAUAACCUGGAUAUGAACGUGUGGUGAAUCGCACUGUGCUAAACGACCGCUUGUUUCAUUGCACAAACCCAAUUAAACAUCAUCUAUAAUGGACGUAAAUCACAUCUGAAAAUAGCUCUUGUGACUGGGUUCAAAUGUCACAGCGGCAUCAACUACCGAACGCAUCGACAUCAUCGCCAUUUUGAGGGCUGUGUUGCAGCCAUCUUCGUCCUCUCGGUGUCUCCCCCCAUCUCAGUCUCCAGCUGACCAAACAAAAUGGCGACCGAGCAGGAGGAGGUGAAAUACUCACGUUCGACCGUCAGAGCAACGUGCUGUCAUCGUCCGAUGUUCAUUGUUGGCCUUAUAUGGGGAUUACUGACAGCUGUGGGUCUGCUAGCGGUUGGGAUCCACACUCUGAUCACGACUUUACUGUUCUGGAUUGCUGUAUACCAAAUCGUGGUAGGAGGUAUCGUGACUGUACUUGAGGUUGGGUUGAUCUUUGCUAAUUGCGGAUGCUGCAGGGAGAAUGGGUGUUGCCAGAAGGUUGGCCGGCCCGUCCGUUGGUUUGACAAUUGGAAACGUGGUUUCAUCUAUGUGCUCUUCGGCAUAGUGUGCUUGGUGGGUGUGUUUCGGAACACACCUGGUAUUCUUUGCGGUGUUGCACUGAUCAUAGCUGGGAUCAUCUACACCAUGAAGACUUGCAAAGACCGCCCUCUGUCAAAGACGAGGCGAAGCGAUGUUGAUCGGAAACAGCUGGCAGAGGAGUUCAUUGGGGAACAGAGGGCGUGAUCUCUGACAUCAAUUUACGAGUGCAAGCAUGCGCACGGGAGACUUAUCGCACUGAUCGAUCAUCAAGAAAUUAGUAUUUAGCCUUGACCGUGUCAACCUGCACUGCACGAGAUGUCAAAUAUCUAGUCUUCUUUCGGGUUGCCUGUGUGUCUCUAUACAGUUACAGCGUGGAAAACAUAACAGGGACCAGCCUAUUCUGACGGAUGAACAAACAUAUCGCUCUUUCUGAUUCGGAACAAGUGAAAUACAUGGCUAAAGUUACUCGGCCAAUAGCACUACCAUUGUAUUUCGUCAAACAAAUUGUAUGUUGUGUUUAUUGGAGUGAUACCACACCAAUGAUAUUGAAUGUACAUCUUGUAUUGAAACUUAUGCGCGCGAAUUCAAAUCAUGAUAUUCACUCACAUCAAUUUUGUCUUGUAUUAAUGUUGGGUGUCAAAAUACUGUGGUUCUUGUCUAUGCUUUGUAUGGUCAUGUGGAAAAAAAAUGUCUGCACAAUAGUACAAUUUACAAGUUUGCAGUGUAAAAAAAAAAAGAUACUUUAUUUAACAAUGUAUUAUUGUCCGCUUGACCGAUUGAGCUCAAAUGUUCACAGGUUUGUUGUUUUAUGCAUAUGUUGAGAUACACCAACUGUGAAGGUUAGUCUUUGACAAUUACCAAUAGUGUCCACUGCCUUUAAAUCCCCACACCCAUAUUUGUGUUAAAUGUUGUCGAGAUAUUGCUGAGCACUGGACGUAUGUUACCAAAAGUACAACAUCACGAACUAUGAUUUUACAGUUACACAGAGCAGUUCUCGAGGUACUUUUUUUUUGUACAAACAUGAAAAUAUUCCUUGUGAGGAUAGCAGGCCCUGUAUUUAAACUCCGCCGGCUGUAUGUAUAAUUUAUUUUAACGUUCACAUGAAAUUAAAUCCAAGUGAGUAAUUAACGUGUUUACAAGUACUAGUUCUGGCCCUUGCUCUAUGUUUAAACGUAUGGCUUUUCUGAAGCAAUGACCUGCUAUAUUAGCCAACAAGCAGAAAAACACCUUUGAAAGAAACAACGGGCUGAAAUCCGGUUGACGUUUUACACAAUGUUGCAAAAGGCGGGGGCACAUCCUUCAUUGGUUAUUAUAGUGAUCGAACGGCUCAAGUUCAAGGACUGGAUAAAAAUAUCAAACCUAUAUGCCUGUCCAUGGAGGAAUAAUUUAUUUCUCCAUGGUCUGUCAUGGUGCUUUUUUUUUUUCUUUUUUUUUUUAAAUGAAAGUAGGCCUGUAUGUUGUGUAUUUUCAAUUUGAUAUCGCGGAGUUCCAUCAUAGUUUGUCUUAAAGCCAUUAAUAUACACUUUCGGAACAGAAAAACAAAUAAAAGUUCACAGAUUUAUAAAUAACUUACUG